GAGCCGUAAACUAUUCAAGUCUUUGAGAAUGGCAGACAAGAAGGGAAUCAUCGCCAUGAAUGAUGAUGAAACAGGCCGAGAACCACAAUCCAAAGAAAAUCAGGAUACUUCUGAAGAUGUACAGGACGAGAAGGGUGUCGUGACGCAACAACCGAAGAGCGACAAUGCUGGUCCCAGCGACGAUAAAGACGACAAGGAAGGUGUCAAAAAGGAGGGCCCAAGUGUUGGGAUCGAAAUUGAUCCUACAAAUAUGGAGAGUUGCGUGUCGGCAUCGGCAGGAGUCGGCUUCAUAUCCAAGGACUAUGGGGAUGGAACCGUCAAUGCCAAAUACGUGGGUCCCAACGUUGGCUGCGUCUUGAAUUGCUCUGAAUUCCCAACUGUCAUCACCGACUGCACGUUCGAGAUAUGCAGUGCCAACUACCUGCUCGGGAAGAUUCUUUGCAAAGUUGGUCUCACUUUCGAUACAAAGCUGAUCUGGACCGCUCAGGGUGUACAAGCAGAGUUGUUCAGUACCGGCUUGGACACCUCGGAAGGGAUUGCGCUUGGUGCACUGGGCUUCAAGAUUGGUCUCGCAGACAAGGAAAAGAGGGAAAAGAAAUGGGCAAAGAUGAAGCUGAAAUGGGGUAAGAAGAAGGUUGCACCAUUGCCAAGUAAUGAAGAGGUAAAUGCUGGAGAAGAGAAUGCUGAAGAAGGGAAUGGUGAAUCUAAUUAGACCUUCAUGGUUUUAGGAUUGCUUUAUUGUCAAGACAUAUAGACAGUGUCUUGAUCCUUUCAUAUAGCAACUAUGUAUAUUUGCAAUAUGUUCAUGUAUUUUCAGUCUUCGUUGAUUUUUUUUUGAAUAACGCAAUGCACCGACCUUAUUUUAUUUAUUCUCUUAUUAUGUAGACAUUCAAACUAGUAUCAUUAAUAUCGCAGACCCAGCAUAUUAAGGCUACCGCAGAGCUUACGACUGGUUCAUGAUCCGAUUUUAGAACAAAUCGUAUUCUGCUCAAUAUCUGAAAAUGUGAAUGAAAUGUAUUGGUUAUCGGUCGGGUAAAGUAUUAAGUUCAAGAUUUCGUCAGAUGGUUCCAUCUUAUGUCUGAGUUACUUGUAAAAUACGAACCUGUUCGAAAUCUUAGAUCACUUCAUAGAUUUAGAUUUAUUUUCCACUAUCUGAUAAAAAUACAGGUACAAUAGCAUUAAAAACACAUCAAAAUACAUUUAAAAAACAUUCAAACGUGAAUACAAAAGGGCACAUUAUAAAUAGAGUAAAUAACAGAAAGUGGUGGGAUUAACAAUAGGCCUCAAGACCUUUCAAAGGUCAAUCCCUAUAACACAAAAGAUCUACCAAAACGAAACCAAGGGGGGGGGGGAGGAACGGAUAAGGCAAAUUAAUAUGUGUUCAGAAGAAAAUUUCAGAAUGUUCGUUUAAAAGUUGAAAGACUUUGGCAAGAUUUCAGGCUACUAGGAAGGCUAUUCCAUAUAACUCGGUCCUGAAUAUUGUAUAUAGGGAUUUAUAUAAUGUUCCUGUGAUUGUUAAGACCUUAUGGUAAACGGGGGUUUGCGCACCCAGCGCCGGAACUCUGGAAUAGUAUCCAACACAACUUAAAGCAAUUUGAUACAAUUGGACAUUGAAAACAUAUUAAUUUAACUGAUAAUAAUAUCUUCAUAGCAUUACCAGCAGCUUUCCCCUCUUCUUUUCUUCCUUCUUUUUCCUAACGCGCAUUGAGACCUAUGUAAGAUGUAAUGCGCUAUACAAAAACUGUUCUAUGAUAAUAUGAGGUUCAAAUUAAAAUAACACCUAGCUGGGGAUAGAGGAACGAUACCAAUCGUGAUAUCGAUAGCCUAUGAAGUCACACCUCUGCGCUUCGCUGCUGACAGAGAUAAACUAUGGCUGCUGAUCAUCUCAAAUUUACGCGAGAAUUUCUAGAGGACGAAAGUGAAAGCGGGGAAAUAUUACAAUAAAAUAUCAUCAUACAGAUUACGAAGACUAAAUUAAAAUAACUUCAACAAUCGGAAAGAAUAAACAUCAUUGCCCAUUAAAUUGUUUAAGGCUUGAACGAUUUGCAUUCAUCUUAACUGUUAAAAUCGAUGUUUCAUCCUGUUCGUGGGCUUUGCCCAACCCUCUAAACAUGUUCGUUUGCUUCAAUUCCCCCUAGUUUAAAAAUCAUGGUUCGGCCACUACAUUCCAGAGGUUGGACUACUAUAUAUGCAAGUCUAGAAUAAUUAUUACGCUUUAUUAAUUUAGACCAGUGCAUUGGCUACUGGCGACAAUCGGAUUGAUGGACAUUUUUUAAAAUAAGGUUUCUUCAUUCUUCAUAUUUCCAUAAUAAUUUUCAAUCAUGUGCCAGGAUAAGCUCAGCUUUGUCAGACAUAAGAUUGUGAAUAAAAUUACCUACAGUAGAUUGAUUGUCUUCAGUCUCUGCACGCCACAAAUUAAACCGAGACGUCGCUGUAAUGAUUAGUUUAGCAUCCUUACGUACAAUACAUGCAUCUCUUCAAUUAGAAAUAAACAAAUGACAAAGAGAUUUGAGGUCGUUGAUAUUUAUUUUGAACAUCUAAAAAAAAACAUCAAACAUACACACCUGUAAAUAGCACGAAUGAUACACCAGUUGAAUUCAAAUUUGUUUCUCAUUGUACAGGAUGACCCUGUAACAUAAAACCUAGAAAUUGAUCAUGGCGCUAAUUAUUGUUUCGUUUUUGCGAUUGAUCACACAUAAUGAUGACCUCGAUUCUCAGUCAUCCCGAUCACCAAUUGCUAACCUGUAUGUUAUGAGACCAGAAUUGGUCUACGUAUAGUUAGCAUGGGUAUACGUUGUCUAUAUAAUAUUUUGCAUUUUAUAUUUUGGCGGACACCGAUGUAUAAUAUUCAUGUACAAAAAUAAAAUAGAAAUUUAAUAGAAAAUAAAUGUAUUUGUUUAUAUUAUAAUUAUUAUCAUCAUUCCAGAGUUGAACAUGUGAAAGCAAAAGCUGCUACUCCUAGUUACAAUAACAAAAAUACUACUACUACUAAUAAAAAGUUUCAGUGAAGCAAAAAAUGUCAUACAUACCCGUUGAUAAAAGCGAAUUAAUUUUAAAAGAAUAAUGAUAGACAAAUGCUGACAAGCAUACUACCACCACCAC